AUCACCGAUGGCCCCAUAGCCGUCAAUCGAUUGCGCCGCCUCCUUGACGUUGGCGGGCCUGACGCCAUGGAGCGGGAUCCGCGACCGUCACUGGCUCGUGCGUUGGCUGGCACAUAACAAAGGUCACCUCUAAGGAUGUCACACUUCUGACCCACGUCCUGGCGACUGCAUUCCAACAAUAUCAUAAUUUUCUUUCAACCUUUCAAUCGUGGUGUUUGAUCAAUCACACCAUGGACCUCUACCGUAGCACAUUCGUUGGUUUACUGCUGUUGAACAGCGUGGUCUUCGCUCGGUCUUAUCGAUCAAAGAAACGUGCAGGUUCCUUUUCGGAAGCGCCAUCGAACUCAGAGAAAGUCGAGCAUCGAGGAAGAGAAGAUGACGACGCCGAGAGGGUACGGCGACUGAAGUGGAAGUUCCUACCCGUGUUCUUGCUGGUCAACGGCGCGGACUGGCUCCAAGGACCGUACAUCUAUCCAAUCUACAAAGAUGAGAAGGGUCUGCCAGAGAGUAUGGUAGCUCUCCUCUUCAUGGUGGGCUUCUUAUCAGGAGGCAUCUCUGCGUCCUUCGCGGGAAGUAUCGCGGAUCGAUGUGGUCGAAAAGCAGGAUGCCUCGCAUACUGCGUCAUCUACUCUUGUUCCUGCCUUACACUCCUUACGGACCGAAUUGAGGUGCUUUUUUUGGGCCGCAUUCUGGGUGGUGUCUCAGGCACACUGCUGUACAGCGUAUUCGAGAGUUGGCUGGUCGCAGAGUACAACAAACUCAUGGUCGACGAUGAAGGAUCGGCACUGGGCGGCAUCUUCAGUAUGAUGACUACACUCAACAGCUUUGUCGCAAUUGUCGCUGGCAUCUUCGCUGGAUGGUUGGUCGAUCACGUCGGCACGGCUAAAGCACCAUUCAUGGCGUCGCUGGGAUGUAUGUCGAUCGCAUUCAUCGCGAUCUCCAAGACCUGGUCCGAAAAUUAUGGCUCGCGACAGGAGAACACGGCGGAGGCUACAAGUCUGCUUGCAGAAGAGGCAAAGGACGACCAUGUGCAAGCACCUGCAAAGUCUGCUUUGCAGCUGAUCCUCGGGGACAAGAACAUCCUGACCCUGGCGUUGACCUCGUGCUUCUUCGAGGGCACACUGUUUCUCUUCAUUUUCUUCAAGUUUCCGGCUUUGAAACUCUCCCAUGAGCUGUCGGGAUCGACCACAGACUUGCCGUUCGGCCUGAUCUUCGCCAUACUCAUGUGCUGCAUGAUGUUUGGCUCUAUGCUCUACAAUAAUCUGUCUACUUCAGCGUCAUCCAUGCCGACGAAGCAGAUCCUCAUCUACACCCUUAUUGCCGCCUCGCUCUGCUUCUUUCUACCCGCGCACAUCCGCGAGGAGAAGGUUGUCCUCUGGUGCUUCUGCAUUUUUGAGGUCUGCUGCGGGAUCUAUUAUCCAUCCAUGGGCUCGCUCAAAAGCAAACUGAUCGAAGACGGCAUGCGCGCCAGCGUCUAUACCAUUCUGAGAGUUCCCCUCAACGCCUUCGUCGUUCUAGCCCUCAGCACGACACAAGAAGGAGAGCACCACCGCAAUAUGGUGUUUACGCUUUGCAGCGGUCUGCUGCUAGCGGCAGCGUUGGCCGUGUACCGCAUUCUUGCAUGAGCCAAUCUCUUUGUUGGUUCGUCAUCCAUGUAUAUACUUUAGCUUUGAUAGCAUCUUAAAUCAUGUGAAUAUUAUGUCCGAUUGCG